UCCACCAUCUAACUACACCGCUAUAAUACUGCGGGCUGGGGAUAGACUAAUAAACAUCAAUUGUGUAUCUUCCUGUUUGUGACUCAGAAAUCUUUUUUCUUUCCACUAUAAAUCAAGCAAGAAAAAAAUUACAACACACUCAACUCACCACAUCCUUUUUACCCUGAGUAUCGUGGCCACACACUACCCACUUCUUUUUUUUUUUUUUUUAAAGCUUGGUAUCCAUAAUUACUUGAAGCAAAAAAAGUUGAAGACAGUGUUAUUCGUUUGAAUUUUACUUUCUAUAUUACAUACCAUUCAUUGAGUAAAGAUUUGAGUCAGUACAUUUAACCGUUCCCCUUUUGCUCCGUUUAAAUUAUAUUAUUAUUCUUAUUUGUCAUUAUUAGUACUGGGUAUUAUUCUCGGAGUAAGCUUUUUCUUGUGACAGAUUGAGAGAAAGAAAGAAAGAAAAGCAAAGAAAGUGUUCAGAAAGAAUAGGAAAGAAGAUUAAGGAAUCUAACUAAGGGCAAAUUUAAUUUAUAUCGUAUUUGCAUCCUCAACUAGAACAUCCGAAGUUAUCCGAUAUUGAGGUUUCUCAGAUACCCUUGAUUAGAAAUAUCCCAAUAAGAAAUUAAUAGAAAGUUAUGACUACAACUGUUCCAUUAAUAUACUCAUUUCCCGAGUUUCUUGGAGUAGCGGAAGCUGUGACAGAUCAUGUAAUCUCUGCUCAAAAUAUGACUUUGUAUAAUUCCUUGGAUCCUGUACAAAUAAAACUUGUCAAAGAGGAACUCUUCAGACAAAAGACACUUGCUUCAUCAAGCGCAAUAUCACUUGCCAAUGGGAGUGGUAAAAUAAAGAAGGAAAAGAAAAAGAAGCAAGAAGUUCGGUUUAAAAUUGCCAUUUCAGGAGGAUCUUUAAUUAAAAUCUUAAAUCAAGGCUUACUAUCUAGACAAGAAGAAAUUGAAUGGGAUAAAUGGGAUAUUUAUUUUGCAGAUGAAAGAUUGGUUAAAUUUGAUUCUCCAGACUCUAAUUAUGGACAAGCUAAGAAGCAGAUUUUCGAUCAAAUAACUGGUGAUAAAAAGCCAAAUGUUUAUCAUAUCGAUGAAUCAUUAAUUGAUGAUUCACAAGAAUGUGCUGAUGCAUAUGAAAAAGUUUUAAUUGAUAAUUUUGCCAAGAAGGAUUCUGUUAAAUUACCAAUGUUUGACCUACUUUUAUUAGGUUGUGCACCUGAUGGUCAUAUUGCUUCCCUUUUCCCAAAUCAAGGAGAAAUUUUAAGAGAAAAACUUGCAUGGUGUUUACCAGUUUCAAAUGCACCAGCUGGUCCAGAAAAUAGAAUAACAUUAUCCAUUCCAGUGAUUUGUCAUUCCCAUAGAGUUACCUUUGUGGUUGAAGGGUUAACAAAGGCACCAAUUAUGAGAACUAUUAUGGAAAGACCAGAGAAGGGAUUACCUUCAUCCAUUGUGAAUGAAGGUGCGGCCGGUAGAGUGACGUGGUUUGUAGAUGAUGAUGCAUUGAAUGAUUGUUAUGAUAUUACCAAGAAAAAGUAUAAAUUCUUAUCAAUUGAAGAUCCUAAAAACCAUUAAUAAGGGGCAAUCAAGCAAAUCUUACAACAUGUAUGUAUACAAGAGUUAUUUAUUGUAUCCUCUUCAGAGCGCUCACUCUCUAAGAUGUCUUUCGACUAUGAGGCUAUAGAAUUAUUUUUUACCCCCCCUGACCUAAUUUAUUAAUGCUUGG